AUGGGGCUGUGGCUUCUGCUGGUGGCCUCGGCCACGGGAGCCGUGGCUGAGCCGCCUUUCGCCACGUUGCCAGACAAGUUCUCUCCGACGGCUGCCUUCAAGCUCUCGGAUGGCCACACUAUGCCGGUCAUGGGCCUAGGCGUGUACAUGUCGCAGCCGGGGGCCGAGAGCUACAACGCUGUGAAAUGGGCGGUGGAGACAGGCUACCGGAUGAUCGACACCGCCGCUGUCUAUGGUAACGAGGAGAGUGUCGGGGAAGCCAUCGCAGAUUCGGGUCUGCCACGUUCUGAGCUCUUCAUCACCACGAAGCUGUGGGAUGCGGAUCAUGGAUUCGAUGCAGCCCUGGCGGCGUUUGAUGCGAGCCUGAAGAAGCUGAAGCUGGAGUAUCUGGACCUCUACCUUAUCCAUUCCCCGAACACCGGGAAGAUUGUGGAGACCUGGGAUGCCCUCCUCCACCUACAAGCGAUGGGAAAGAUCAGAUCCAUCGGAGUUUCCAACUUUGGCAUCCCGCACCUCGAUGCUCUGCGGUCCCACGGCCGGGCUACCCCUGCGGUGAACCAGUUUGAGAUGCAUCCGAUGAACUACCAGGAGCGGCUUCCCUUGCUGGAGUACUGCAAGCAGCAGGGCAUUUUGGUGCAAGCCUACGGCUCCUUGUUCUUCGGGAAGCAGGAGUUCAUGGACAGGCCAGAGUUAGCUAACGUCGCAGGUGCUCACCCAGGCUUCUCGGCGGCGCACGUGCUCUUACGCUGGGGGCUGCAGAUGGGCUUUCAGAUCAUUCCCAAGAGCGUGAAGCAGCGGCAGUUUACGGUUUAG